CUUCCCCUCGUUCGAGCUCGAGGAUGUCUCUCUGACUCCUUAAUCAUCUUUUCCCCGUGAUAUGAUCCAGAUCGAGCACAUCCCUGGUGCAGUCGGAGCUCCUAGCGCCAAUCCCCUCUCCUCCGGAUAGUCCUCGUACCCUCGUUAUCGCCCUACGUCUUCGACCCCCGAACUCAAUCCGAGAAUCUCAUUGAGCUCCAACUGCUGUGCGGUGGGCUGCGCCUUUCAUUCUUGAGGUCUCGGGUUGUUCGGCCAUCGCUGUCAUGUCGAAUCCUACGCAGCCUUACGACGCUCGGCGGGCGACAAGCUACGGUCGACCUGAGGAGCUCCAUAUUCCAUCGACGGGCCCCAAUCUGCAGCGACAAUCGAUGUCUCACGAAUACCCCGCCGGUCAAGACAACCAUGUCCCUUCCAUCAAUGUUCACCCAUUGGGGUCGCAACCGGGUCAGUAUGGUGGUGGUGGAAGCAGCGGCGCGAGCGGAGUACUUCCGGGAGCGCUUCAGCCGGGUAACGUCAACCGUCCUCCUGCAGUAUCAGUCAACACUGCACCUUCGGCGCUACCAACACUACCUGAAUUGAAUACACCAAUGCAGCCAACAUCACAAUCAGGACAACAGCCCCCGUCGGCGCAACAACAACAACAACCGCCCCAGCAGCAGCAGCAGCCAAAUGCCCGCGCCAGUAUGGUCAACUCUCAUGGGCAUUCUAGAUCCAGCCCAGCGGGGUUUGAGCAGCCAAAAUACAGACAGCCAGGCUCUUCUCCUGGCUCUGCAUACCCUCCCCAUACUCCUCAGGGAGCAAAAUACUCACCGUUGGGUCUAGCCGACAUCCGACCGACAGGGGACCUUUUAGGUGACCCAAUCACCAGCUCCGGUAUGGCGCCGUUCAACGGGGAUAAUCCGGUACCUACCAAUAGCAAUUACAUCGCUCCUUGGCCUAUAUAUUCCAUGGAUUGGUGCAAAUGGCCUAUCACGGGGAGCUCCAGCUCGUUCGGGGGCAAGAUUGCCUUGGGAAGCUACCUAGAGGAUAACCACAACUACAUACAAAUUAUAGAUACCCAUUGGACACAACCCGACCCCGAUACGCCAGAUGCCGCCGCGGGGGAGAUUAAGCUCGACUAUGUGAAAACCGCAGAGGCCACCCAUUCAUAUCCAGUAACACGGAUACUCUGGGAGCCGCCGUCGUCGCAGAAGCAGUCUACCGAUCUGUUGGCCACGUCUGGCGAUCAUUUGCGGUUAUGGUCGCUGCCAACGGCGCAACCCGUACCAAGUUCCAACUCCAUUACGCGGUCGGCCAGCCAACACGCACCGACAGCGAAACUGUCGCCGCUGGCUUUGCUCUCCAAUUCCAAAUCCCCCGAGCAUACCGCUCCAAUCACCUCAUUGGACUGGAAUACGAUCUCGCCCAGUCUAAUCAUUACCUCGAGUAUCGACACCACCUGCACGAUCUGGGAUAUUCCCACCCUUACCGCUAAGACGCAGCUGAUUGCACAUGACAAAGAGGUAUACGAUGUUCGGUUCUGCGCGAAUAGCGUGGACGUCUUCGUCAGCUGUGGCGCUGAUGGUAGUGUGCGCAUGUUUGAUCUCCGCAGCCUAGAACAUAGCACUAUCAUCUACGAGCCCACGGAGAAGCAUGAGAAGGUCCCCACUCCGGGCAAUGGAAGUCCUUCUGGACAAGCCCAGCCCGUAUGGCCCCCGCCUCUACUACGCAUCGCUGCAUCACCCCAUGAUUCCCACCUUCUUGCCACCUUCUCGCAAGAUUCCAACAUCGUGCGGGUUCUAGACGUCCGACAGCCCGGACAGGCUCUUCUUGAACUGAAGGGCCACGGCUCCUCCAUCAACUGCGUUGAGUGGUCGCCCAAUCGCCGCGGGGUUCUGGCCUCUGGUGCGGACGAUUGCUUCGUACUUCUGUGGGACCUCAUCAACCAGCACAAUGCGGCUCCUGUGCCCCCCAUGCCUCCCGCCCCGCACAAUGCGGGCACGCCUGCGACACCCAGUGAGCGUGGCCCGGCCGCCGUAUGGCUCUGCGACAACGAAGUGUCGAACAUCAGCUGGUCGCCGCAGGGCGGUACCACCCCUGCCGGGCAUCCGCGCGACUGGCUUGGGGUCUGCGGUGGACGUGGAUUAUGGGGUGUGGCACUGUAGCGCCUUGGAGAAAAGCACCAUUAGACGACUUGUUGUUUCUUUUUCAACUUACACUACACCAUCGUCUCGCGUUGCUGUGUUUUAUUUUCUUUUCUUUUCUUUUCUUUUCUUUUUUUUUUUUUUUUUUU